ACAAACUCGUUUUCAGAAAGAAAAAAAAAAAAAACCCUAAAUCUGAACAAAACCUACCAGGCUAUUACCAAAGAAGAAUAUGAGUUACAGAGUCGCUAAAGCAUUGCAGUAUCUUGCGAUCACCGGUGGUGGGAUCAAAGACAUCAAGCUUGCCAAGAAGUCAUGGGUCUUUCCAUGGCAGUCUUGCACCGUCUUCGACGUUUCUCCUGUGAACUACACCUUCGAGGUCCAGGCUAUGAGUUCCGAGAAACUUCCCUUUGUUAUCCCCGCUGUUUUCACCAUCGGCCCGCGCGUUGAUGACCCUCACGCUCUCUUGUUGUACGCCAUGCUUAUGUCUCAACACGAUAAGCACUCCAACCACGUCAAUGAGCUUGUUCAGGGUGUUAUCGAAGGAGAGACUCGUGUUCUUGUUGCCUCCAUGACCAUGGAAGAGGUCUUUAAAGGAACAAAGGAGUUCAAGAAGGAAGUGUUUGACAAGGUUCAACUUGAGUUGAACCAGUUUGGUCUUGUGAUCUACAACGCUAAUGUGAAGCAGCUCGUUGAUGUGCCUGGACAUGAGUACUUCUCUUACUUGGGCCAGAAAACUCAGAUGGAGGCAGCAAACCAAGCCAAGAUUGAUGUCGCAGAGGCAAAGAUGAAGGGAGAGGUUGGUGCCAAAGAAAGGACUGGACUCACUAUCCAGAAUGCAGCCAAGAUUGACGCUGAGUCAAAGAUCAUCUCUACUCAGAGGCUUGGAGAAGGAACAAAAGAGGAGAUCAAGGUGAAGACUGAGGUCAAAGUGUUUCAGAAUGAGAAAGAGGCUCUUGUUGCUAAGGCUGAUGCAGCAUUGGCGAUUCAGAAGGCUGCUCUGUCCCAAAACUCUCGUGUGGCUGAGGUUGAAGCAACCAAGGCUGUUGCUUUAAGGGAGGCUGAGCUUCAGACUAAAGUUGAGAAAAUGAAUGCAUUGACUCGGACAGAGAAGCUUAAAGCUGAGUUCCUCAGUAAAGCCAGCGUUGAGUAUGAGACUAAGUGCAAGAAGCGAACUGGGAGUUAUACAAUAAGCAAAAGCAAGCAGAAGCUGUUCUUUACGAGAAGCAGAAGCAAGCGGAAGCAACGAAAGCUGCAGCUGAUGCUGCCUUCUACUCGAAACAGAAAGAUGCAGAGGGACUUGUCGCCAUGGCCGAUGCUCAGGGGACUUAUCUCAAGACCCUCCUAGGCGCAGUUAACAAUGA